AUGAUCAUGUAUCAACAGCCAUUGACCGCUGAAUACAGUGUCCCUCACAUCCGCGCCAACAGCACUGAACUAAAGGCCGUGGAUAACUUCAACUAUUCAGGCAGCACAAUGUCUCGCUGUAUCAGAAUCGACGGCGAAGUGGCUCGCCUGAUCUCCAAAGCCAGCCAAGCCUUCGGCUGGCUGCAGAACUCCGUGUUGAAUCGCCACGGCCUCCAACUGAAUACCAAACCGAAGAUGUACAAGGCUGUCGUCCUGGCGACACCUCUCUACGGAGCAGAGACCUGGACCGUCUACUCCAACCAUGCCAAGAAGCUCAACCACUUCCAUCUCAGCUGCCUUCACAGAAUACUAAAGCUGAAAUGGCAAGACAGGAUGCCAGACACGGAAGUUCUAGAACGGACCGGAAUCCUCAGCAUCUACGCCACGCUGAGACAGCUGAAGCUAUGCUGCAGCGGCAAUUUCGUGCGGGUGGAAGAUACACGUCUACCGAAACAACUCUUAUGGUGA